AUGCCAGCAAAUGGCUCUUUUGAAAAGAUGAGUCGACCUGCAACCGCGUUUCAAAAAGUACUAGACAAAGUUGGAUCAGUUUUCAGCUCAACCGAAACUUCACGACUGCAACACGAUAGCCAACUUGAUGAUAAAGCGACUAAUAUAUUUAGUGUUUCUUCACAGAAACUAUAUCUGAAACUUAGUAAAAUGUUGAAAAUAGAAACCAGAUCCAAAAAUUUAAAGAUGGAAUUGUGUAAUGACUUUGGUGUUUGGGGACAAUCUAUACCAAACCUAGAGAGCUCGGCAUUUGUAAAAGAAUUCAGCGCUUUAUUAAACACACAAACAAAUAAUCAAACUAUAUUACAAGAGAAAAUGGAAAGACUUAAGCUAAGUUUGUCGUUUGUUAAUGAAAGAGAGAAAAAGCAGAAAGGGUUAAUAACGGCAAAACUUAAACUAGAGAAACAAUUAAAAGAGGCUAAAGCGAAGUUUGGGCCAAAUGCAUCAAACACAAUAUUAUUAAAUGAAAAAGCAGAAGAAGUUGAUUGUAAUUUGCAGGUUGUGGAGCAGCAAUACAUACGGUCAAUCAUCAAUGAUUUGAAAGAUGCUUUAAUUGAUUAUGCAUAUUCCAUGAGUGCUGCCGCUAGAAAAGCAGAAGAUUCAAGUAGUAGUUUUAUCCAGUACAUGACUGCAGUAGAAAACGAUAUGGUUGCUGGAAGCAUAGAAAACGAUUUUGUCCGAUUCUCACCCAACAAAUACUCAAAGUUGCUGAAACGGAAAGAAUCCAAAUAUCAACUGCCCAAUUUACUUGAUGGAGGUAUUGUGGGUUCCGGAGUUCAACAAUUGAAAGUGAAAAAUUACAACUUGCCAACACCCCAGUCACCAUGUCCGGAAUGUAAGAAAAUGUCGCCGUGUAUACACACGGACGGAGCCAAAGUCAUACAACCUUCACAAAGGGACAAUAAUCAUCAACAACAGCAUCAACAAGUGCACCAACAGACCCAGUUACGCACGUUCUCCCAACCAAAUCGAAACUUUACAGUGAACUUGCAACAUCCAUCUGACGACAGUCUUGGAAAUGAAGUACCACUAUAUACUACAAAUCGAGAAAACUCAAUGCCAUUCAGCGACCAUUGGAGUUAG